AUGCUAAGGAAAACUCCCGUUCAUGGGUUCGAUCAACGUACACAAAUUACAUUUUCCUUGGCAGGGCUUAGAUCGCAAACAAAGCUUAUGUUGGAUGCUUCAGCUAGAGGAAAUAUCAAGUGGAAGACACCGGAGGAAGCCUACGAGUUGGUAGAGAACAUGGCAGCUAGUGAAAAUGACGCUUAUAAUGAGAGAACCCAUUUGCAAAAGAAAGGUGUCUUAGAGCUUCAAUCCCAAGAUGCCUUGCUAGCUCAAAACAAAAUCAUGACUCAACAACUUGAAGCUCUCAUGAAGAAACUUUCUCAACUUCCUCAAGAUGUGUCUCUAACUCAACAUCAACAAGGGCAAGGCUAUGAAUUGUGUGGGGAAAACCAUUCUAAUGGACAAUGUGCCAUGCAAAGAACAUCUCAGGAGGAAGUUAGCUAUAUGAGUAAUCAAGGCCAUCAAGGAAAUUUCAAUCAAGGAUGGAGGCCUCACCAGAACAUGGGUCAAUCAGGACCCUCUAAUAGACCCCUAACUCAACCAAGUUAUCACCAUCCCUCUUUGACUGACAGAACCUCAAAGCUUGAGGACAUGAUGCAGCAGUUCUUGCAAAUGUCAAUUCAAAAUCAAAGGAACACUGAUACAUCAAUAAAAAACUUGGAGGUGCAAGUGGGGCAAUUAGCCAAGCAAUUGGCUGAUCAACGAGGAAGUUCUUUUUUCGCCAACACCGAAGCCAACCCCAAAGAGCAAUGUUCUAAAGAAAAGGUGAAGGCUAGAGAAAAGAAAAAGAAUGAAGAAGAGAUUCAGGAGGAAGAAAUUGAUGAAGAGAUUGUCGUGGAAGAAGAAGAGAAUAAAAGUGAAGAGAAAAGACAAAAAGACAAAGUUGUUGUGAAACCCCUUCCCUAUCCUCAAAAUCCUUCAAGAAAAGAGAAGGAGAAACAAUUAGCUUGGUUCAAAGACAUAUUCAAGCAACUUGAGAUCAAGAUCCCGUUUUUUGAAGCACUACAACAAAUACCUUCUUAUGCAAAGUUCAUGAAGGAAUUCCUUGGCAAAAAGAAGAAAUACAUAGAAGAGGAAACCAUUGAAGUGCAAGGGAAUUGUAGUGCCAUUAUUCAGAAAAAUCUUCCUCCAAAAUUCAAGGAUUUGGGUAAUUUCACCAUCCCCUACACCAUUGGAAAUCAAGAUAUGGGGAAAGAUCUUGUUGACUUAGGGGCUAGCAUUAAUCUGAUGCCCCUAUCUAUGCUUAAAAUGAUUGGUGGUCUCGAAGCCAAGCCAACAAGGAUGACCUUGCAGCUAGCAGACAGCUCCGUCAAAUACCCCUAUGGCGUGGUGGAAGAUGUGGUGGUGCAAAUAGAUAACCUUAAAUUCCCAAUUGAUUUUGUGGUGAUGGAAAUGGAGAAAGAUGAAGGGGUACCACUCAUUCUUGGGAGGCCAUUCAUGAAGAUAACAAAGGUUGUUAUCAAUGUGGAUGAUGAAACGCUAAAAUUGAAAGACCAAGAUGAGGAGGUGACAUUCAAUGUUCUUGAAGCUGUGCAAGAAUCAACUAAUGAACAAACUAGUCUUAAGGUCGUCAAUGAAGUCUUAUCUGUGACUAGUAGACCUUGA